UGUGACUUUGAGAAUCUGGAACAGCAUUCGAUUUGACUUUGCAUCUAUAGUCGACACGACCACUGACUGUAUCGAUGGUGGAGCGCAACAUCAGUCUCCUCAGCCUAGAUGGCGGGGGUGUCAGAAGCCUCUCUUCACUUUACAUUCUCAAGCACAUCAUGGAGUCUAUUGACGGCGAGAAUACACCACGGCCAUGCGACUAUUUUGAUCUCAUCGGGGGUUCGGGCUCGGGCGGGUUAAUUGCGAUCAUGUUAGGCCGCCUCAAAAUGGACAUUGACCAGUGUAUCAAUGCCUAUCGACGACUCCUGAAAUUCGUUUUCGCUCGCAAAAGACAUAUCCCUUUCACGAGCAACCUGUGCCGGCAGUCGAAAUAUGAUGGACGAAGGGUGGAAUCGGCGAUGAAAGCAAUUCUCCACGAGCUUGGGUAUGAGGACGAUUUACUUCUGAAGGACGUUGAUACUUCGUGCAGAGUCUUCGCCUACAUUACAGAUGACGGUUCCAAACGAAACUCUGCCCCCUUGACGAGCUACCCCAGCAAAUAUUGCUCCAACGAGCUGUUCAAGACCGCGAAAGUGUGGCAGGCAGGGAAAGCGAGUAUGUCCACACCACCACUGUUCGACCCCGUCCCGAUCGGCCCCAGCGGGCGGCAGUUCUACAACAGCACCACUGAAGCAAACAACCCGGUGCGGGAGGUCUGGAUAGAGGCCAGAGGAGUCUGGCCCUCGGGGUCGUUGGACAGCCAGAUCCAAUGCCUGAUAUCGAUUGGCACCGGCGUGCCGUCGAUCAAGCGACUCAACAAGUCGAUGUUCGGCUUAAUCAAGACGAUGCCCACGGACUAUGUCGACACGGAGAGGGACAUGAACAAGUUUAUCAGGGAGCAUACCGAGCUGGAUGAUGCAAGCCGCCUGUUUCGCUUCGAUGUGCCAAACGGGCUGGCGGAGAUAGGUCUCGAUGGUGUGGAUGAGCUCGAUACGAUUAUCGAUGCGACCCAAGAUUAUCUCGCCAAGGAGCUCGUUUACAAGCAGGUUCAGCGGUGCGGCAUUGCCCUUGGUGGCUUUCGGUAGACUGACUGGCUUUUAUCUGUUUGCCGGCCAAUCCAUGCUUGGGCCAGGACCGAUUAG